AUGUGUAUCAAACACUUGCAGUUCUACAACUGCCCGGCCAGCCCGCGUCCCAAUGCCCCCAAGAGACGUCACCGCAUCAUAGCCAACAUCCUCUGCUCGCAUAUCUUCCCCUGCCCGGCCCAGCAAUGGGAGAACCGCACCAGCUAUUACACCUACAUGUGCCCCGGCUGCUCGGGCGAGUCCCCCGCCGUACCCCGAGUGACACCCUCGCACGACGAGUGGCACCGCAACGCCGUCCAGGACAACGCAUGGGCCCAGAGUUACAUGACCGAGUACGCGCACUCCGUCCUGCUGUGGAUCCGGAGCAGGUUCCCUUACAGCGACGUUAUGAACGAGGAGAUGAGCGAGUUGUGGUUCCGGGCCUUCUUCAUGGAGCGCCGGUGCAAGGAGAACGAUCACCGCGUCGGCGCGUGCUCCUGUGAGGCGAACGGCCCGCGGGCGUUUUACUACAACCCGGCCUUGGCGGCCCGCAAGUACCUUACAGAUAUGGCCGGGGAGAAGGCCGAGUCGGAUCCUCGCAUACAGAACCCUGGCAUGCAGAACCUGUUCAGGUUACGACAUACCGUGCUCUCCGGCUUCUGCCAAGCGCAGAAGCUAUACUUCAAGGACGGACUUUCCCACCAGCCUCUGUUCUCGAAUUACCUUAUCAAAAGUCGUCGCAAGACGUUGGAGAAGAAUAUCCGCGACCACUCACAGGCGGCUUCGACCCUGAUUUUGCUAAACGCAGAGUAUGGCACGGGGUGGACUGAUGCGCAUACCCUGGAGGCGACCUCCAUGUCGAGGCGCGCUAACCUGGUCAAGUUCAUGGCGGAAGUUCUCUUGCACGAUAACGGCAUCUCCAACAGCCGGUUCGGUCUCGCGGUAACGGUGCUCUGCAGCAUCAUCAAGCCCCUCGUGUUCCGCAGUCCGUCGACCGUCCCAGGGUUAGACAAGCUCGCCGAGAUUGCAAGCUCGACGGACAACGCACCAUUGCCGCACAAGCCGUUCAUGUACUUUGUACAGCUGAUCCAAAAGUACUACCACGAUCGCCGCCAAGAGUGGAACUCGGAAGUCAUCUCCUACAAGGCGAGACGUACCCUGAUCGAUUCCGUAGCGGAGGAUGUAAGCGACUGGGAGGGGCCGGCGCGCCUCGAGUGCCCUGUCUGCAAUAAGAAAUACUACGAUCACUCGCCGGGUGCCAUGUUCAAGCCUUUUGACCACGGUGUCCGCGGCACCCACCGCGGAGAGCCGAUUGUGCGGAUGAAGCAGUGCAAAUGCUUUGUUGGGAAACGAUGUCUAUUUCAGAAGUUGACGGAGAGUAGUCUGAGGAAGAAGGAGCCCGCGUGUCCCGCGUGCAAGAAGCUGCUGCCGAAUGCGGCCUUUCGGCUGAUAGAGGGCAGUGCGGGAGCGUUGCUCAGGGGGUCCGCUUGA